CUCUCUCUAGAUAUAAUACCAAACAAGAUACAAAGUUAUAAUAUGACAUUAACCGAAUUAAUUCCUUGAAAUAGAUGAUAUUUACAACAGAAUGAGUGCACCAAGUGGGGUAACGUGGCCACUAAAAGCAUAUAUGGCACAGAUUAUUACAUGAUGCAUUCAGACCACAUAGCUUCUUACACACCUUAUCCAAACACACCUAGAUUUUGUGGGAGAAACAAAACCAAAGGUGACACACCAUCACAAAAUCAAUAAUCCAAAUUCUUGCAGAAUGGGGAGAUUUUGUCCCAAACAACAUGACCACUUGUGUCACAAUUCUCCCUCCUAAUUCCUCCUCCUCCUCCUCUCCUUCCGUCAACUUAAAAAACUCGUCGUUUCCAUGCCGUGCGCUGACCUACAUCAGAAAUGCCACCAUCUCCAAGCAUGGCCUGAAUAAGCCUUCGUUUCGUCGUCUCCACCAUACCGAUGUUUCCCUUCGAGUUGCAAAUGAGAGGGCAGAAGUAUCUCCUGAUCAAAAAUCAGAGGCUGACAAGAUCGUAGACGGCAUGGACUUUGGCGAACUCUGCAACGAGUUCGAGUGCAUAAGCAGCCCUUUAGUCGAGUCCACGGCUAGGCAACUCGUACGCGACAUUCUCGAGCUUCGACAAGGCAAUCGCGCCCUCGGUAGCUACGCCGUUUCUGUCAAGUACAAGGAUCCGGUUAGGAGCUUCACCGGCAGAGACAAGUACAAGAGACGACUGUGGGCAACCGAUGCACUACAGAAUCCCACUGUGAGUGUGCAGCAGAUGGUGAUGUUAUCAACAAGUCUGCUCAACAUCAAGUGGACUCUGAGAGGGAAGCCCAAGUCUCCGAUUUUUGCCAUCGGAGGCGACUUGACCCUCAAGGUGGACUCCAAGUUCACCCUGAACCAGAUCAGCGGGCAAGUCGUCGAGCACCAAGAGUCGUGGGACACGUCCCAGUCGUCCCCCAUCGCCCAGGCAUACUUUUGGGCCUCACGGCGCCUCUUUGCCACGAUUGAAACUGGAAAAGAUGUCUCCGACUCCAUCAAAGACGUGUCUAAACGCUUCCCCAAAGAGAACAAGAACGUCGAAAUGUAUCCAGAUCCUACCGGCGAUCCAACCAAGUUUUUCCAGCGGGACGACAGCUUCCAGAGAGAUUUCUACCAGGUUGCUCUGUUUCUGGCUGUAGUUUAUUUAGUAGUACAGUUCUUACGGACAACAUUGUAAAUCAUUACAACUCAAAAUCACAAUUUAUGUUAAGACAAUCCAA